CCUGUGCGUUGCACUAUUGCAUUGGCCUGGCUCACCCCACCAAAUCUAAGCUAAAUUUUCUCUGUAACUGCCUUAGCCCAACGGCUCGUUGUUUCGCUUGCCUCUCGAGUCAUAAUUAGCUCGCAGAUAGUAGAAAUUGAUAUUUACUUGUGCAAUUUUUUCCGAGAUUAUAAUAAGUGUAAUUUAUUUUAAUUAUCAAGUCAAAUUUUAUUCGUCAAAUGCAAGUGCUUGCCCUAAUAGUUUGAUUUACUUAAAUAUAAAUUGAUUAGUAAAUUUAAUUUAUAAGCGCUCGAUGAUGCCUAUCUUCAUUCAUAGUGAAAUAUUUCAAAAACCUUUUCUGAAACAGCAUUAAUACGGAUUCUUUUUCUUUUCAGUUCUAACCCUUUUUUGCGUGAGCAAAACUGAAAACGCUAAAACUUUGCUAUUUCAGAAAAUAUUAUGAUAAAUUGACCAAUAAUAUCCUCAAUUAUUAGAGGUGUAUAGCCAUUGAUUUCCCCCAAAAGAAAAAAGAAAAAACCCCCUCUUAAUAUUAACGUAUUUGACAAGUUUAAGUGAUGAACUGAGUUCACUGAUUAAGAAGAACCAAUGAGAAUUGGUAAAAUAUUAGACCCGUUUGAGCUCUUGCCAUGUCAGCUUGUGUGGCAAAAUCUGAUGGGUCCUAUUAAUCUACUGCACUCCAACAAUCAUCUCUAUAACAUUAACUUCUGCAUGAAGUAGAAGAAGGACUAAAAGCUCAUAACUUCCUGAUGAAGUUGCUUCUUGCUAAAGCAUUGGCAAGUCAUUGACUUGAACUGAUACUCCGUAAUGGAAAAGGUUACAUAUUGCUGUUGGCAUUGAGUCAACAAUGGGUACCAUUAAAAAGGAUAACUGGGAUGAUGAAUACUCGUUCAUUGGGGACAAAGGUGAUAUCGGGUUCAUUGAUUUUGAGGAUGAGAGAUCUGUCUGUAAUUAUGAUCUCAAUGAAGAAGGCCCUGUUGCUAUAUCUGCUCCAUUUCCGCUUGUAAGGGGAAAGCCUCAAUCCAUUCUUAUAGGUGAAACUUCAAAAUGUUCGGUUACCAUAGCAAACACCACUAGUGAUCCUGUGGAACUUUGGGGAGUUAGGAUAUUCUGCUCAAAUCCUGCAGAUUCAUUCACUUUAUCUCUGAUGGAGCCUUCAAAGGUGGAAAAUGUUCGCGUCUUCUUGGAGUCAUGUUCACUUGAGGAUAGAGUUCUUCAGCCACAUGAAACACUAACCAUUUGGUUAUCUUGCAAACCAAAGGUAAUGGGGUUGCACACAUCUGUGGUGCAUUUUGAUGUGGAUGAUGCAAGGAUAGAGCGUGUUGCCUUUCUGUUGGCUGAAGAUAAGGUCUCUCAAGCUCUGACACCUAACAGGCCUUAUUCAAGAACCCCAAGAAGAAAACAGUGUAUCAUGGAUGAAUAUACGUCUUCUUCACGCCCCUCCAAGCUGCAUUCUGCCAAGGCAAUAGCUCAAGGAAGUAAAUUUAGGCUUCCUGAAUUUCCAAUACCAAAAGGAAUCAGAGAGCUGCUGGAGAAUAAGCAAGUUCCUGAUGUUCUUUUGGAGGGUUUGAGGAGGAAGAAGUAUGCUUCUUUCUUUAGUACAUUGCUCAUUAUAGAAGAGUUACAUUUGGAGAAAGAAAUGAGGUGCCAUGAUAUGGAGUGUGUCAAUAUGAGAAGGAGAGGGGCUCAACUUUUGGCUCUUGAAGUCCCUGGGCUUGCUGAGAGAAGACCUUCACUUGUACAUGGUGAUCUUGUUUUUGCGAAGCUCGUCUCCUCUGACAGCACUGUAUACAAGGGACACAUUCACCUUGUUGGAGCUGAUGAAGUACUUUUGAAAUUCCCCAAGGAUCUUCAUAGACAUCAUCAGAAUUGGAACUUGUAUAAUGUUCGAUUUACAUAUAACAGGGUAAAUUUGAGGAGGUUGUAUCAUGCUGUUGAAGCAGCAGAGAGCUUAGAGCCUUAUCUUCUCUUUCCAUCUCAAUCAACCCAAAGGAGAUUGAUCAAGACAGCCAGAUUCGUUCCAUUUACUGGUGGUCUCAAUGCAGAGCAGAUGCAUUGUGUGGAAAUGAUCCUGGGUUGCAAAGGUGCUCCUCCAUAUGUGAUUUAUGGGCCUCCAGGUACUGGUAAAACAAUGACACUGGUAGAAGCAGUAUUACAAGUAUAUGCAACAAGAAAUGAUGGUACAAUUCUUGUUUGUGCUUCUUCGAACAGUGCAGCAGAUCACAUACUAGAAAAACUCACAAGCCACGAGGUUGCAAAAGUUAAAGAGAGUGAAAUUUUUAGGCUAAAUGGAUCUAGUCGUCCUUAUGAGGAUCUUCAACCUGAUCAUAUUCGCUUUUGCUAUUUUGAAGAGUCAAUUUUCAGAUGCCCUCCAAUUGAGGCCUUAAUGAGAUUUAAAAUUAUCAUUUCUACAUAUAUGAGUUCAUCUCUACUCUUUGCAGAAGGUAUAAAACGGGGUUAUUUCUCUCAUAUCUUCUUGGAUGAGUCUGGCCAAGCUUCAGAGCCAGAAAGCAUGGUUCCUAUAUCUAGCUUUUGCCGGAGGGAAACUGUUGUUGUUCUUGCUGGCGACCCAAAGCAACUUGGUCCUGUGGUACACUCGAAAGAUGCCGAGGCAUUUGGACUGGGAAAAUCUUAUCUCCAAAGGUUGUUUGAAUGUGAAUUUUACCAUAAUGAAGAUGAAGCUUUUCUAACGAAGUUGGUAAGGAAUUAUCGAUGCCAUCCUGUGAUUCUGCACCUCCCAUCUAAGCUUUUCUACAAGGGGGAGCUGCUUGCAUGUAAAGGAGACAUCUCUCCUAUAAGUUUUGAUGUGGAUGUUCUUCCUAGCAAAGAAUUUCCUGUUCUCUUCUUUGGCAUCCAAGGCUGUGAUGAGAGAGAAGGCAAUAAUCCAUCAUGGUUUAAUCGAAUUGAAGUAAGCAAAGUUGUUGAGAUUAUAAGGAAGCUGCAAUGUACUGAUAUAAAUGAGACAGAUAUUGGGGUAAUAACACCAUAUAGGCAGCAGGUCCUCAAGAUAAAAAAGGCACUUGAAACUUGGGAAAUGUCAGAUGUGAAGGUUGGGAGUGUUGAACAAUUUCAGGGACAAGAGAAAGAGGUGAUUAUUAUAUCUUCUGUGAGGUCAACUGUUAAACACAAUGACUUUGAAAGAACUUACUGUCUGGGUUUUCUCAGCAACCCAAAGAGAUUUAAUGUUGCCGUUACCAGGGCCAGAUCUUUACUUAUCAUUGUAGGGAAUCCACACAUAAUCAGUAAGGAUCCUUACUGGGAAGAGAUUCUGUGGUAUUGUGUGGAUAAUAAUUCCUACCAAGGCUGCUCUCUACCUGAAAGGCAGCACUAUGCAUCAUCAUUAGAAGCUGCUAUACAGGGGAGCGACUUCAAGUAUAAAUCAGGAAAUUCCUACCAUUAAAAAAAAAAGAUAAGAGGAACGAGUGCAAUAAACUCAGCUGCCUGUCAUUAAUGAAGCCAAGCAACUAGAUGGUUGGAAGUGAAUUUCAUCAGUUUAAGAGUAGUUUAAAAUUUGGGAGAACAAUAUUUUAAGGUUGCAGGUGAUAUUGUUAAUGUUAGGAGCUGAAGUAAAAAAGAUGAUAUGAUACUAAUUAAAUCCCACAUUGAAGGCAUAUGAUGCAUUAGCAUAUGAAUUGAGGCCAUAAAUAGACAAAAGAACCUUCAUGGAAACAUACUUACCUGGGCGGGGUCAAUGGUUGAUCAACAACGAUCAUGGCCUAGAUCAGUGACCUCCAUUGCACAUAAAGGAGGGGUGCUGGUCUAAGGUCUCCCCAAGUUGGGAGAGCCUACGUCAUAAUUUGUGGUAGAGGGGGCCUGCGUUCGCGCGGCCCCUGU